UAGUUGAUUAAAUUCAUAUUCACAAGACAAGAUGGACUCUAACAAUGCAAGUUUUAAUGCUGGACAGGCCAAGGGCCAAACCCAGGAAAAGGCUAGCAACUUGACCGACAAGGCUAGCAAUGCUGCUCAAUCUGCCAAAGAAUCAAUGCAAGAGACUGGUCAGCAGAUGCAGGCAAAGGCUCAAGGAGCUGUUGAUUCUGUGAAGGAUGCCACAAACAACAGGAACUAAUUAUGUUUGGUAGAUCAUGAGUCUGUCAACUUUAAAUGUUAUUUUUAGAUAGAUGAAAUGACAAUUGUCAUUUGAGAAUUCAUCCACAUAAGUAGAUA